GUUUCAGGAAUAACGGGACACUAGCUGUCGAAUCUUUAUUCUUAAGUAUUAUGGCGUUUGUGGUCAAAUUUUCGUGUGCGGUAGUUACUAGGUUGCUUUUCAUUCUUAUUUCACUCAUCGGAGUUUGGAGAGUGACAUUGGUUAAAGAUGACAAUAUCUACUGGUUUAUGACAUUUCUCUUUCUACCUCUCGUUGUCGAAAUGAUAGUAACUUUGAAAAGAAGAAAGGGAAAAGAUUAUAAAUGGUUCUCGCCAGCCAUUAUGUUGUUCCUUGUCAGUAUCAUUCCAUCCAUCUGGAUUCUGGAACUACAUCAUCAGCAUCACAACUCUAGUGACCUCCAGUGCAAGAAACUGGACUCAUGGGAAAAUGUGAGAAGCAUGAUUUCUCGGAACGAAACGGUGGGGAAUUUAACGGUUCAAACCUAUCUAAAGGGUCUUGACCAACUCUUGUCCACGGUUUGUCCCAACGACUGGAUCCUGGCCCUCCAUCAGGUCCUUCUAAUCCUACUCAUCAUAGGGAAGUGGCUCCUCCCACUGGGGGGUGGGGUCACACGGGAGGAGCUCUCCCAGCUUCUGCUCAUCUUCGUUGGCACAGCAGCUGACAUCUUGGAGUUCACCAGUGAAACACUGUCUGAUGUCAAGGAAAACAGCCCUCAGCUGGUGUACAUCAUCUUGGCGGUGUGGACCUGGAGCAUGUUACAGUUCCCUCUCCAUCUGGCCGUGGUGAACUCAAAGCCAGAAAGUGAGGGUGAAGGCCAAGGCGAUUCCCUCCUGACCAAGCACAGCACAGACAUAUGGAGCAUCAUUGAGAGCCUAUUCAUCCAGGAUGGCCCUUUCCUUGUGGUCCGGCUCACCGUCAUGACCUACUUUGAUGUCUUUCACCAGAUGUUGGUGUUCUUUACCAUUAAAAACUUCCUGGUGGUCAUCCUGAACUUCUACCGGCUGGCCGUCAUAUGCCAGAACUACAGACCUGUAGUCAGGUCCAGAAGCAGCAGUAACAUCCCUGAUUGUAGUAGGGUAGAGGUGGAGAGGAAGUAUGGGGAGGGGAGGUUGGAGAGAGACAUGGUUCCUGCCUCUGCUUUGGAGGAAGUUAAUACAGAAAGUACCAUUACGUAGUGCACUGUUUAUACAAUGCACAAGUUCAAUAUUGGACAGGAUUUGUGAGUUCAAAAGCUGGAAUUAAUUAUCUGACUUGACAUUUCCAUGCGUAAAGAGAAGGAGAGACAGAAACCGUUUAAAAGUCACAAGCAUAUAUUCAAUUUCAGCUCAGCUGAUUUUCUACAGUAUUUUAACAUUUUUUGUAAUGUUUUUACCCCUUUGACAAAAAUGACAUGGCUUAGAAGUUUACCCCCAAAGGUAUGUGAAAUAGAAAAAAAAAAUUGUUAGCAAACAAAGAGUAUGACUGAAAAGGUAGGCAGCCAAAUGUAACUGUCCACAGCUGACAAAAUCUACCCAAUUUUGUUUUCCAAUGGGUUGCUUUUGACGAUGGGAAAAGGUGUGAUUAUGCAGUGGAUUCGGAAAGUAUUCAGACCCCUUCCCCUUUUCCACAUUUUGUUACGUUACAGACUUAUUCUAAAAUUGAUUAAUUAAAAUGUGCCUCAUCAAUCUACAAACAAAACCCCAUAAGGACAAAGUGAAAACAGGUUUUUGGGAAAUACCUUAUUGACAUAAGUAUUCAGACCCUUUGCUAUGAGACUCGAAAUUGAGCUCAGGUGCCUCCUGUUUCCAUUGAUCAUCCUUGAGAUGUUUCUACAACAUGAUUGGAGUCCACCUGUGGUAAAUUCAAUUGAUUGGUCAUGAUUUGGAAAGGCACACACCUGUCUAUAUAAGGUCCCACAAUAGACAGUUCAUGUCAGAGAAAAAACCAAGCCAUGAGGUCAAAGGAAUUGUCCAUAGAGCUCAGAGACAGGAUUGUGUCAAGGCACAGAUCUGGGGAAGGGUACCAAAACAUUUCUGCAGCAUUGAAGGUACCCAAGGUACAAUAGCCUUCAUCAUUCUUAAAUGGAAGACGUUUGGAACCACCAAGACUGAGCAAUCGGGAGGGAGGUGACCAAGAACCCGAUGGUCACUCUGACAGUGCUCCAGAGUUCCUCUGUGGAGAUGGGAGAACCUUCCAGAAGGACAACCAUCUAUGCAGCACUCCCCCAAUCAAGCCUUUAUUAUAGAGUGGCCAGACGGAAGCUACUCCUCAGUAAAAGGGACAUGAUAGCCACUUGGAGUUUGUCAAAAGGAACCUAAAGGACUCUCAGACCAUGAGAAACAAGAUUCUCUGGUCUGAUGAAACCAUGCCAAGCUGAAGUAAACCUGGCACCAUCCCUACAGUGAAGCAUGGUGGUGGCUGCAUCAUGCUGUGGAGAUGUUUUUCAGCGUCAGGAACUGGGAGACGAGUCAGGAUCGAGGGAAAGAUGAACAAACAAAGUACAAAGAGAUCCUUGAUGAAAACCUGGUCCAGAGUGCUCAGAACCUCAGUCUGGGGUGAAGGUUCACCUUCCAACAGGACAACAACACUAAUCACACAACCAAGACAACACAGGAGUGGCUUCGGGACAAGUCUCUGAAUGUCCUUGAGUGGCCAAGCCAGAGCCGGUCAUGAUCUCAAUCGAAUAUCUCUAGAGAAACUUGAAAAUAGCUGUGCAGCGACACUCCUCAUCCAACCUGACAGAGCUUGAGAGGAUCUGCUGAGAAUGGGAGAAACUCCACAAAUACAGCUGUGCCAAGCUUGUAGCGUCAUACCCAAGAAGACUUUAAUUGCUGCCAAAGGUGCUUCAACAAAGUACUGAGUAAAGGGUCUGAAUACUUAUGUAAAUGUGAUAUUUCAGUUUUUUAUUUUUAAUACAUUGGCAAAAAAAUGCUAAAAACAUGUUUUUCUUUGUCAUUAUGGGAUAUUGUGUGUAGAUUGACGAGGGGGGAAAAAAACAAUUUAAUCCAUUUUAGAAUAAGGCUGUAACAUAACAAAAUUUGGAAAAAGUCAAGGGGUCUGAAUCCUUUCCGAAUGCGCUGUAUGUUACUGUACUGUAAUACGCCUGGUUGAAUUGAGCUUAGAAUUUCAUAGGGGUGAAAUGGCAGGCAGUUUCAUUUGUAUUUUCUUCGUUUAAAUGUAUUCAUAUUCUUUAUUUCCAUGCAGGUAGAUGUUUUUUUGUAUUUUACGUUAUUUCAAUCAUUGAAUAAAAUGUAUUCAGUGUUUUAUUCAGUGAA